AUGUUUUUUUUCUUUUCACAACGUCAAAAUAAUCAUCGUGACUGGGCCUGCGAUAAGAGAUCAGCGGAGGUGCAGCGAGCAACUCUAUCAAGUCUUCUUCCUUAUCAAAUUCAGCAGCUUCAGGAAGAAAUACAAAAAAUGAUUUGGACAGCUCUGUUGUCAAUCGCGGGGCUGGGGGUGGUGGAGAAAUGUUACGAAGACAAUUUAAGCAACGAAGUCGCAAUGUCCAUUGAGCGAGGGCUUAAGUCCUAUCAGAGGAAGUAA